AUGGAGAUGUUGCAGAGCAUGCAGCCCACUAGACCCGAGAUCAUCCGAGGGAUCCCAGCUUUCCGAGUUGUGCAGAAAGCCCCGCAGAGAUGGUUGCAGGGGAAGGUCAACCAGCUUUAUGCUUGCUCCGAGGUGACGACUGAGCUGGACGAGUUCUGGUCGCACAGUUGGCGUACCAAAAUGUGGACGAAGUAUGCCAGCGUCAUCUUCUUGACCAACGGAUUACCGGCCUUCCUUGUCGGGACACUCGCUGCCCUCGUCACGGGUGGCCUCUGUGCAGCCAGGGUUUUGCCCGCCUGGUAUGUCUGGUGCACUCCAGCCGGGAGUUUGGCCUACUACCUGACCAUGCUUUGCUGGCGGUCCAAGAAAAAGGUCUUCCUGGACAUUGCUUGCAUCAGCCAGGACGAUGUUCGCUUGAAAGCAGAAGGCUUGAUCAGCAUGGGUGCCUUCCUAAAGCGCUCCAAAUCUUUCCUGGUCCUCUGGGACGCUACCUAUGUCUCAAGGUUGUGGUGUAUGUUCGAGAUGGCGGCCUUCCUGAACAGUCGGGAGUCUGACAAGGGCGCCCAGGAAAAGGUCUUGCGGCUUGCGGAGAGUUUGGUGGUCUGCCCGGUCUUCGUUGGCCCGGCGCUUUUGAUCGGUCACUUAGGCCUCUGCAUGCUCUUCACGCUGUACCUCUUCUCGCAGGUUCCACUCUUUCCAUGGGGGGCCGUCUUCAUGUGUGGCCUUGCCUUCCCGUGCUUGAUGCUUUUCGCCUUCGCCGUGAUUGCUCACUGCCGCAGCAUCGACGUUAUUCAGCAACAGGUUCGCAACUUCACCAUUGACAAAUCUUGGAGCCAGUGCUGCUCCUUGGGUCACGCUAUGCCUGGCAGCGGUGCACCUAUGGUCUGCGACCGUGCCAUCAUUCUUCGGUGCAUCGCUGCGUGGUUUGGAUCGACAAAGAGCUUCGAGAGCACAGUGCGAGACAAGGUGCAGACGGUUCUAGUCCAUCAGCUUACCUACCAUGUCUUCUCGUACCUGCGGCUGAUUUGA